CUCUUAUAAUUACAGAGUCCGUUGCUCAAUUAUACAGCAAUACUUAAAGGCUAAAGUUUAGAUAUUUGUUCAGGCUUCUGGCGCGCUUCCUAAAGGGGUCCUUUAACAGCCACGGUUAACGUUACGUCAAAACAACCAUGGUUACGACCCAUGUGAACAUGUGGGACAACUUUAAACUCCUGUGAUGUCACUUUACGUUAUUGUUUCACGCUGUUACAACUUUCCUGUUCUGACUUUUAGGAACAUGCUUUCUACCUGAUUGUUUUUAAAGACGCGUGGAAACAUGAGCUCUGAGGCGUGCCCAUUCUGUGGGAAGACGUACAAACGGUUGACGAGUCACCUGCCGCAUUGCAAGGCAGCGGCAGCGAGCUCCAGAACACCUCCGACAAAACGGGAUGUCGCGGCGAUUCAGACGUCGACGUCUUCUCGGCCGGUCGCGGCCUCGUGCGAACCGGCAGCAAAGUCCACGCGGACACUGCCGGCGACGUUAAGUCCACAAUCGAAGAAGAGUCGCAAGAAGUCUGCGGUAUCGUCGGCAGCGACACAGCCGGCAUCCCUCGCACCGUUAACGAAGAAGAGGACCGCCGACGUACCCUCCUCGAUCACCGGUUCCCUCGCAUCCGCCCCAUCGCCACCUCUGUCCCCCGCCCCCCCGAAGCCCAAAAAGCAGAGUCUCCGUGCUUUGAUAGAAGCUGCGAAGUCUGAACCGGUUUCUAAGGGAUCACUGGCGGGAUCUGGAUCUGCCUCAAGCGACCCGCCUUCAGGUUCGGCUCCGUUUGUGGCAGAUCCUCUUCGGUCCAGAGCCACAGCUGAGACGGGCACCCACAGGGAUCGAGACUCGGGAGAAGAUGACGCCCUCCUUGCCUUUCUGGCCACGGACCCCAAACGCAAAGACGCUUAAAAGGCGUCAAAGACGAAGAAGGCCGCACAGUCGCUUCCCCCAACCACAGAUGCCCCUCGCUCGCUGGACGCCCAAGUCCGUGAGAGUAGCGCACGAGCCCAAGUGAGAGAAAACUUCCGGGCGGAGGACGACGAGCAAGUUGAGGAUUUAUCCGUGAAUAAUCUGCACUCGUCGGGAAGCGGGCGCCAGGCCCGGGUUACCCUCCAGGAUGUGAAAGCCGCGUUGGGCCGAGCUAACGUCGCCCGGCAGCCCGGCAGGCCGAGCCUCCUGAACCAGAUUGAAACCGCCGACGAGAUCGGCUCAGUUCCUCUCUCAACGGGGCGCCUGGUACCAACUCAAACGGUGUCAGACCAGCUGCCCUGCUCCGGUUUACAACACGCGGAGCUACGAUCGGUCACGAGGAACACUUUGAUGUCCAGACAAGGGUCCCUAAUCCCCCGGCACCAUCCCGAACUCACCUCCCCGGCAGCUCCGCCCCCCUCUGGCCAGCUCUCGUCUCAGGUGAGCAAAGCCACGCCUCCUCUACGUCCCGUCGCCGCGAACGAGGGGCUCGAGGUGACGGGACUCCUCCCGAUAUCGCCAUCGCGACCAGCGUUCUCCAGCCCUCUGCCGGCAGCGAGGCUGGAGACGCGGACAGCUGGUGACGGCUGGACGUCGCAGCUCGAGGCCAGGAAACUAAACGCUGCUGACAAAGGAGCGACGGGUGCUCUGACACAGAGGAGUCUUGGACAGGUGAGACUGAGGGAGUUGCCCGAGUGGCUGGUCAGCAAAACCCCCCGCCGCCCAGGAGAGGUGGUGGGAAUGGUGCAAAGAGGCUGGCAGUGGUAUUACAAGAGGUAUAUCGAUGUGAAGAAAGGUGGUGCAGGUGGGCUGGUCAUGCUGUUAGCAGGGUACUGUGUGCUCGGCUACAUCUGGAAGUACCCUCAUCUGAAGCGUGAUCGCUGGAGGAAGUACCACUGAUGUCGAGGGGAAGGUGUUUCGGACAAGCGUGACUCUGUGUGAGGAAAUCGCAGCUGUGACAUGGCGAGGCUUCGGGACUCGAAGGCAUCUGUUCUCGCCGUACCAUCGACGAUGAAUCCAAACAGUUGCACGGGAUUUAUGUUUGAGAUGUGGAGACUUGGUGGUCGACCCACUCUGUUUUCUUCUACAACCGUAGUAUGAAGCUCCAGCGAGCUGCUGGUUCACUUAGCGGAGCAUCAAGACUGAAGCUCGCCUUUCUCUGUUCAUCGUAAAACUUAAUUAAUCUACCAGCACUUCAAUUAAAUCUCUUAUUUGUUUAUCCCAUGGAAAUAAAAUUAGGGGAGUAUGGUAUUUAUCAUUCUAUUUAACUCCUCACCAGAAAGUGAAUAAGCAAAUUUCCCAAAAUGUUGAACUUGUUGUGAUUCUGAUACCAGCAGUUUCACCCUCAACUGAUUAGCACCUGCAUACGGCAUCUGAGUUGCCUGCACUGUUGUUUAUAUAUUACCCUUUUUUAUUUAUGUAUGUACUUAUUUGUGUUUAUCUAAGUUGUUAAACUUGGUUUUAUUUUCCUCUUAUUUAAGUUUGAAAAGGGAAAAUGUCCACAGUAUAAUUUAAAGACUUUUUAUUGGAUGUUAUUCCCCAGAGCUCCACUAGGGGUCAAUGUUGUGUUACCAAAACCAAAAGGGCUGGGCAGGCAAACGUUUGCUUUGCAUAGUUUUCUUAGCUCCUUUGUGUAGAGGCAUUAGUGCUGGCGUCAAUGGAAGGAUUAAAGAGAACCAAGAGAUGUUCAACUUGAUUAAAAUCUUUACUCUGGCAGUCCAGAUGGAGAGGAACAUGAAAAUCAAAAUAUCCUUAACUUCAGGAUCCGUUCAAAGAUCUUAUCUGUGUAGCAGAGGGUUUCAAAUCUGUUUUUCUUUUGCAAAUGCUUCCCCUGUCACAUGGGGUUGUUAUGCAUGCUGAGCCCGUCGGCUGCCAGUAAGCGAACACUCGGCGAAUAGUAAUGAUGGGACGCUGAAGGAGGUUCUCAUCAGGACACCAGUCUGUUAUCGUAUUCAAAAUGAGUUUAUUGUUGACUCUCCUUGCCGCUGUAGUGAAUAAACAUUAGCUACAAAUGAAGAAAUUACACCUUUGUCAUUGUUCCUAACAGUUUUUCAUGAUGUCGCAUUCUUAGCCAACACAAUAAAAAAUAAUUUCCAUUUC